AUGAGUCAGAUCCCAGAAAUACCAGAUUACAACAAGAUGUACAACACAUCGUCGUACUCUUCUUCUCAGACCAUGGAUACCACUGUCGACAACUCCAGUGGUUACGGCCCCUUGGAUCAUGGCCGCGACGUGACUUCUGAAACAACAACCUAUACCAACAACACUGUCAAUAUGGCUCCAUUCCAAGCACCAGCUUCCAAUAAUGACCAGCAGCGUACGUCCGACUCAGGCUCUGCCGGUAAAGGUCAUCGUCGGUCCUCCAUCGGCAGCCUUUUCAACAAGAUGAUAGGUGUCGACAACAGCCAGCAGAUUCCUAUGCGCAAGACGGUCUCUCAGCCAGCAAACACUAAUAUCAACAGCAGUGGUCGUCGAAGGAGCUCGAUUGCAAGGUUUUUGGUGCCCGACUCACAACCCAACGGCGAUAGCAGCCCUAACCUAGGUCGUCGUCGGUCAUCUAGCUUUACCUCCCUUGGAUACAAGACCGAUACCGGAGGUGAUGAACACAAAGGACCAUACGCCGAUGUAAGCCGCAGUCAAGCUGAAUAUAUGGACCAUAUCCGCGAGAUUGAGAAGAGUCUGAACCUCACCCACAACAAGGACGGGCUGCCUCUCCCCAAAGACAACACGGCGCAGGCCGGAGGCAGACGCCGCUCCUCCUUGGCAAAAAUCCUGGGUUUCGACAAGCACCCCCUUGCUUUCUAG